AUGUCAACAAAGCUCGAGAAGUCCGACUCCCCAGUGGCUCCCACGCGAUGCGUAGGCCCCGACUACCGCUCCGAGCGUCAGAAACCAAUGGCCACAGUCUCUACCAGAAUCGAAUCUGACAAUGUCACCAUCCUUCCUCAGACCCCGCAGCUCAUCGCAUUGCUCACAAUCAUUCGUGAUAAGAACACGGAUCGCGGUGACUUCAUUUUCUACUCCAACAGGAUCAUCAGGCUGCUGGUCGAGGAAGGCCUGAACCACCUCCCGACAGUAGAGCACACGGUGACCACGCCCGUGGGCCGGCCCUAUGCCGGGCUUAUCUUCCAGGGCAAGAUCUGUGGCGUCUCCAUCAUGCGGGCCGGCGAGGCCAUGGAGCAGGGGUUGCGGGACUGCUGCCGCUCUGUCAGGAUCGGGAAGAUCCUGAUCCAGAGGGACGAGGAGACGGCACUGCCCAAGCUCUUUUACGACAAGCUCCCCGAGGACAUCGCCGAGAGAUGGGUCCUCCUGCUGGACCCCAUGUUCGCAACGGGCGGUUCUGCCAUCAUGGCUGUAGAUGUCUUGAAGUCGCGAGGCGUCCCGGAAGAGAGGAUCUUGUUUCUCAAUCUCAUUGCGAGCCCCGAAGGGAUCAACAAGUUCAUCACCACGUUUCCCAAGCUACGAGUCGUGACCGCCUUUGUAGACAAGGGACUUGACGAUAAGAAUUACAUCGUCCCCGGGCUCGGCGACUUCGGCGAUCGAUUCUACACGAUGUAG